AUGAGGGACCUGACGCGGUUUGCUUAUGCGCGUGGACACCACCUGAUUGUCAUCUGCCAGACGAGGGAAGGAGCUGAGUCGGUUGAUGACCUGAACGGGCCGCGAACCAGGAUCGCUGCCCAACAGAAUGGGAGGUGUGCAGAAGCGUUCAGGUGGUCAGAGAAGUUGGCCGAAAACUACCUGAACGCGACGGUGAUGUCCGAGCUGAAAGCGAGAGGACACGGGCUGGAGCGCUAUGCUGAUGUCAUGCGGGAGUGGCUGAAUGGCACAAAGGUGCGUGACCAGUUCGGCGGAUGGAACCCGACCAUCAUGAGCCCGUAUGUGCGCGGCAAGUGCAAGCUUGGUGAAGAUGUGCCAAGAGAAGCUCGCGCUGCUCCGCGAGGCACGACCUCCACGUCCGUCGUCUGGGUGCGCGAGCUGGCCGAGAACAAG